AUGUCGGUGUCAGGCUCCCUUGCACGGCUUGCUGUUCGCCUUGUCUACUUGAAUACCAGAUUCAAGCUCAUGGUUUUCCGAAUGCGAAUGAAGUUUCGACGAAUUCGAUCGUCAGAUACGUUUGUUGUUGUAGCAAUGAGCCUUGCAACCUUCACCGACACGUUCAUCUAUGGGAUGAUUGUUCCGAUUCUACCUUAUCUAUUAAUUCGAGAUGGGAAAAGCUCGAGAGACGAAACUCAGAAGUGGACUUCAAUUCUUUUAGCAGUAUAUGGUGUCGCUUUACUUAUUGGGUCCCCACUGGUGGGAUUUAUUAGUGACCGGAUUCACACACGAAAAUCACCGUUACUUGUCGGAUACAUUGCAGUCGCACUGUCCACCUCACUGUUCCUCUUCGGAAAUACACCAGCUCUUCUCAUCGUCGCCCGAGUCUUUCAAGGGCUUGCAGGUGCCGUUGUUGGUGUGCUCAGCUUUGCGUUGAUUGCCGACACGGCUCGUCCUGAGAACCGAGGAGAGUUCAUGGCAUAUGCAUCUAUUUCCUUUACUUGGGGGAUGAUCUCUGGGCCUGCUCUCGGCUUGCUCACUCUCGACAUUAUAUUACGGCUUCUGAUGAACGAGAAUAUUUGCAAAGAACAAAGAGACUUGCCAUUCCCAACCACUCGUUCCGACGAGCGCUCGCCCUUGUUAGAUCGCCCGAACCCACCGAAGGAGUCGCUCGCCCUGUGGGACUUCUGCGAGCCUCGCUUCUUAAUGAUAAUAAUGGUGGAAGUCACGGUAUCAUCGAUAUUUUCUGCUUUCGAAACCACCCUGCCUCUUUUCACCAUGCAAACAUACCAAUGGUCAUCUACAAACUCCGGUCUCGUGUUCCUCGGGGUAUCUCUUCCAAGCCUUCUCAGUAUUCCAUUAAACAGAUAUGGUCGGAACUGGAACCGCCGGCGCACAGUUGCGAUCGAACUUGUGCUCGCCAUCAUUCCACUCGCGGCAUUACGGUUUACGGAAGAAAACACCCCAAAGCAUCAAAUCAUAUUUGUUGCCUUGGUAGUUCUUGUUGGACUCUUCAUGACGACGUCUCAGGCCCAGGUCAUGGCUGAAGUGUCCGACACGGUUCGUGCAAUCGAAGCCAAACAUGAUGUCGAUUCGCAAAAGUCGAGCGGCAUGGGUACUGGAUACGCAUUUUGUAACAUGGCAAUUGCGAUCGGGCAGUUCGUUGGACCACUCGUUGCAGGCUUCACGAGAAUCAAGUUUGGUUGGGCAGGGAUGACUUUCACACUUGGUGCAUUCUCGUGUUGCGUCGGGCUUUUGUCACUGAUCAUGAUAAGAAACCCACUUGAAAGACUUGAUCGAUAA